GGCUUCAGCCUUCCGCCUCCACCGUAUACAUUGAAGAAGUUUCUCUCUUUGUUUCACAUCUCAAUUACGUAGGAAUCACGAGUUUGGUGCUUGGUAUAUAAUCAAUCAUCUACUCGCUGCAUAAACCAGAUCCGUUUAUCUUUUCUCCUUGUCUGUGUUUGGUGUUAUUUCGAAAAGACUUUCAAGCUUCGCUUCCGAUCAAGGCCGAGAGAAUUAGAAAAUCCGAGGUGAAAAUAUGGCUACACCUACAAGAAUAGGCCUUGCUGGUUUGGCUGUUAUGGGCCAAAAUUUGGCCCUCAAUAUCGCCCAGAAAGGCUUCUCAAUUUCUGUCUAUAAUCGAACUACCUCCAAAGUUGAUGAGACUGUCGAGCGAGCUAAACAAGAAGGAAAUCUUCCAGUAUAUGGUUUCCAUGAUCCUGAAGCCUUUGUCCAAUCAAUCCAGAAGCCUCGGGUGAUAAUCAUGCUUGUAAAGGCUGGGGCACCUGUUGACCAGACCAUAAAGACCCUCUCUGCCUACAUGGAGAAAGGUGAUUGUAUUAUUGAUGGUGGCAAUGAGUGGUACGAGAACACGGAGAGGAGAGAGAAGGCCAUGGCUGAACUGGGUUUACUCUACCUUGGCAUGGGAGUUUCAGGUGGUGAAGAGGGUGCGCGACAUGGACCAUCUCUGAUGCCUGGAGGCUCCUUUGAGGCUUAUAAGCACAUUGAAGACAUUCUUCUUAAGGUUGCAGCUCAAGUUGAUAGCGGCCCCUGUGUGACUUACAUCGGGAAGGGUGGAUCUGGAAAUUUUGUCAAGAUGAUUCACAACGGAAUUGAAUAUGGUGACAUGCAGCUAAUUGCAGAGGCUUACGAUGUGCUCAAAUCAGUUGGAAAGUUAUCUAAUGAGGAACUGCAAAGUGUUUUUGCAGAAUGGAACAAAGGGGAGCUCUUGAGCUUCUUGAUUGAAAUAACUGCAGAUAUUUUUCUGAUUAAGGAUGAUAAGGGAGACGGGGACUUGGUUGACAAGGUUUUGGACAAAACUGGUAUGAAGGGUACUGGUAAAUGGACUGUUCAGCAAGCUGCUGAAUUGUCAGUUGCUGCUCCUACAAUUGCGUCUUCUUUGGAUGCAAGAUUCCUUAGUGGGUUGAAGGAGGAAAGGGUUGAAGCUGCUAAAGUUUUCAAGUCAGGUGGGUUUGGUGAUGUUUUGGCCGAGCAAAAUGUGGACAAGAAGAAGUUAAUUGAUGAUGUGAGGCAAGCACUUUAUGCAUCCAAAAUAUGUAGCUAUGCACAGGGGAUGAAUCUUAUCCGUGCAAAGAGUAUUGAGAAAGGUUGGGACUUGAAGUUGGGGGAACUGGCAAGGAUUUGGAAGGGAGGUUGCAUCAUCCGCGCUGUGUUUUUGGACAGAAUCAAGCAGGCAUAUGAUAGAAACCCUGAUCUUGCAAACCUUCUUGUUGAUCCUGAGUUUGCUAAGGAAAUCAUUGAGAGGCAGUCUGCCUGGCGGAGAGUUGUGUGUCUUGCUAUUAAUGCUGGUGUUAGUACCCCGGGUAUGUCUGCUAGUCUUGCAUACUUUGACUCUUACAGAAGGGAAAGGUUGUCUGCUAAUUUGGUCCAAGCUCAGCGAGACUACUUUGGGGCUCAUACAUAUGAAAGGACUGAUAUGGAGGGAUCUUUCCACACUGAGUGGUUCAAGAUAGCCAAACAAUCAAAGGUUUAAGUCUACUUCUUUGGCUACUGUGCUUAAUCAGGAUUUCAAUAAGCAUAAUAAUUACUGGUCUGGACUCCAUGGUGCCGAGUGCUUGCGCUGCAGCUAGCUGUUGAAACUAUUACAAAUGCAUUUUUUAUAUCCAGUUACAUAUUUUAGGUUUUUUCUCCCCAAGCGCAGUUCUUUUGAUGUUUAUGUUAGAUGUGGUGUUUUUUUCCUCUGAUGUGUUUAAAUUUCGAUAAAAAAAAAUAUGUGGCUCCUUUUCAGAUGCAAGAGAGUUACAUUUUGUAACAAUAAAAUUGUAUGAAAUAUUUCCUUUGUACUUUUG